AUUUAUGACUUUAUUUAGGCUUUAUUACUGUGAUGAUGAUUUUAAUUAUUAAUCAGAAAAAAAUAAUAAUAAACUCACACAUGGAAAAAAAGUAAAAAAACCACUCUAUAUUUCUCUUAUCUCUUUUAGUUUUUUUUUUUUUCUGUUCCCUUUCCAUAAUCCGCAUACACAGUCCAUUUCUCCUAGCUCCGUUCCGCCCUCCGCCGGCGCUUGGUCGGUACGUCCUCCGCCUCGUUCAUAUCUUCUCCGUUAAUGCAAUUCUACUUCAUAUCUUCUUCGUUCUCUGUGCUCUAAUAAUUUGAGCUAUAUCUUGUUAUCUUCGUUUCGAAAAUUGAAUGUUCAUUUUAACCUAAAAUUCAUCUCUGAGAGGACUUAAUUUGACAGGCUUUGGUAGAAUGUUUGCUUUCUUUUUGCUUAUUUGGGGACGGGAAGGGCCUAGAUAGGGCUGCGUUUGCCUAGACUGUAUUCCCUUUGUCCCAUUUUUAUCAUUUCCUGAGAACGCGUUUGUUUAAUGAUUCUCCCCCCAAAAAACCCGACUCCAGUAGAAGGAUUUACCCCAUUUUAUAAUUUUGUACAACCUCCUUUAUAUUUCAGAAAACUUACUUUUUAGAAGUAAAAAGGAAAGAGGAGGAGGAGGAAGGACUAAGGUAAUUGGACACGUAGUCGCUGUUAAAUUUGUAUUGACAAAAGAAUUGGAAGAUUCUUGGAAGUUGGGAAAUAAAGGGUUGAAUCUGGUUUGGGAGCCGAACGGGGUUUGAUGAGUAGACUCGCUGUUUUUGCUAAAUUUGUGUUUAAUGCACUUGAUUUUAGUGUUGCUCUUUGCUAUUGAUUUAAUAAAAAAUGAGGUUUAUUGGCAGAAAAACGGAGUGGGAUGAACCGAAGUUGGGAUCUGUUCCUGGAAUUAUUAUAUAUGAUGACUAUUGUGCAUGCCUAUAGUGUUGAGCUCUUUAAUUAUAGGUGUUAUUUUUAAUAAUUGUUCCAAAUUUAAUUCCUUGAAUUAAACUAGAAAGUAGGAAUUUGGAUUGUGCCUUUGUUUUAUUACUGUUUGUUGAUUUUGUGUGUGCAAACUGGAAAAGAAAAAGAGAGGGGGCAGCAGGGAAGUUUUGCUAGUGAUUUUGAUGGAGGAAAAUUUAAUAAGCAGCCUGGGAGAAGUCAGGGGCAGUGAACUGGGGUAAAGCUUUAGCGAAAUUGAAAUCAAAUUUGGUAUUCUCUACUAAUCUUUGGUUAAGCCACAUAUGCUUCAUAGUUAUCUCUAGUUUGGUUUGCAGUAAUCUCAGUUUGUAGUAGCUUUCAGUUGUCGUGUCAUUUACAGUGUUAAACAAUAGUGUUGGUUUGCAAUGUUCAAAGAAUUUUGUUCCUUUUUUGAGGUUUAUUGAAGAAAUGUGAAAGUGAUCUUUGUUAUUUGAAAUAGUGAUUUAAUGAAGGAGCGAGUUAGGUGAUUAGUACCUUCGACAUGGGUCCAACAAGUGCUCGUUGGGGUGUCACUUAUACUUUCAUAGUUUACUUGGAAUUUUAUUCGAUUUGAAUACUUUUUGGAAAGGUAACGGCAUUAAGGUAUCUUUGGUUUGGGAGAGUGUUGCAUUUCAGCUUUCGUGUACGUAAUUCGUUUCCAUGUUGUUGUUUUUCAACAUAAAACUUUCAGUUGAUGCAUUGACUUGAAGACAAUGAUGUCAUAGAAAUAUUUUAUGUUGCAAUUGGGGGACAGUUUACAUGUAUUUUGCUCUUCUGAUCAGUUUUAUUUCCUGCAUGGCAUGUUUGACUGCCUCUGUUCCAUAUUUUUAGUUCAGUGAAAUGGGUUAUUGUAUGGGACAGAGGAGAUAGGUUUUCUGGUAUAUUUACAGUAAACAAUAUACUGAAUUUGGUGGUACAUAAGCUUUUAUGUGUAGAAUGUUGGAGGAAUUUCACAUCUGUAGAUGAAAUUUUGCCGUGGCUUUCAAUGAAGUGAAGUUUGCAGUCAGACACUGGUUCCCUUUUCAUGUCAGUUUUGUUUGUGAGGGCUGCCAAAUGUGGCACUCCUCUAAUAGGUGCAAAACCAUUGUCGUUAUGUAAACUACUGAGAAACUGGUUUAUAAUAUUUAAAAACAUUGUGCUAUUAACUAAAAUAAAAGUAGCGCAAGUUUACUUUGAUUCUCAGCCUAUUAAGGUGAUCCACUAUAAAUGUCCGAAAUUUUAGAAGGAAUACUAAAUAGAUGAAGGAAAGAAAAGAGAGAAGAACAACAGAAGAGAGAGUAGAGAAGGAUAAAAUCUGAAGCUUUCCAGGUUGAGCUGAAAGACAGAAAGGGAAAGAAGAAAAGGAAGAAAGAGGGGAGAAGAUGGUAAAUGAGAUUUUCACUUAUGGGUUUAAGUUUCUGUUCCUUAGGGCUUUGAGCUGUAAUUCAUCCUUUUUGCGGAAGCUUAUCAAUUUAGGGGAUUUUGGAAACCUUUUUUAAAAGUUCAACGUUUGGGUUUGAGGGCCUUGGAAGGUUGGGCUUAUUCACAAUGGGAAGAACAACGAGUGUUGUGUUUGCUCUUUCCUUCUGCUUCUUAGUAGCAUAAGGAGAAAAGAAAAAGGAAAAAAAAGAGAAGGAUUAUGGAAAGGUUUGCUGAUUAGUGUUGUGUUUGUUCUCUAAAAGAACAGAUAUUGUGGAGUUUCCUCUUUCCUUCUGAUGUCAAGUGUUGUGUUACAUGCUUCCUUCUGUAUUGUGUUUGAUGACUUACAUAGUGCCAGUGGGCACUGGGCACUGGAUUUUGUUUUCAGUAUUUGAUAUCUGAAAACCCUGUUUAUAUACCUUACAUUUGUUUGCCGAUUCCCUGUAAGAAAUACUAGCUUUAUGACAGUUUGAUUCGUUAUUCUGAUUUGUAUCCAGCUUCUCUUGUAAGCUUAAUUGGAGGUCCUUUUUUUCCCCCCUAAAUUAUGGCUGUAGUACAUGAUGACUAAUGGGAACAUGUACCUCAACUUUCGGUCAUUGUUAAAUUCAGUUAAGUUUCUCACGUCAUUUAAAUGUCUAAAUAGGGUCAUUUGGCUUGAAUUUUCUUGUAGAUUUUGAUGUGAAGAGGGUGAUCAAGUAUGACCCUUCAAGGAUAUGCCCUGAACUAUGGAACAGUUUAUAUGCCCUACAAGGCAUGUCACCCCAAGGCUCAUUCUUUAGUAUCUUUGAGAAGACCUCUACCUGCCAAAGUUUCAUUUCCAAUUAAUUCAAGUACCCGCUCGCCUUUUCCGAAAGUUGUAGCGCACUAUAAAGGUUCUCAGAGUCCCUCUCUUUCUUCUGCUUCCUCACCACUUCUAAGUGGUGGACUUGGUAGUCUGUCUCAUACUAUACCUAAGAUAACUAGGAGGCGACAGUCUAAUCUGACUCCACGGGCAUCUAAAGAUGUUCCUUACAGCUACCGAUACCCUCCUAUGACCAAAAAGCCUAAAUGGUGGUGGAGAACAUUAGCAUGCCUCCCCUAUCUGAUGCCACUGCACGAAACAUGGAUGUAUGCGGAGACAGCUUAUCAUCUACACCCCUUCCUGGAGGAUCUUGAGUUUUUGACCUAUCCAUUUUUGGGAGCUAUAGGAAGAUUGCCAAGUUGGUUUCUGAUGGCCUAUUUCUUUGUAGCAUAUCUAGGAAUUGUGAGGAGGAAAGAAUGGCCCCAUUUCUUCCGGUUCCAUGUGGUGAUGGGCAUGCUUAUGGAGAUAGCUCUACAGGUGGUUGGUAGUGUGAGCCGUUGGAUGCCUCUUUCUGUGUACUGGGGUAAGAUGGGAAUGCACUUUUGGACCGCAGUUGCAUUCGCCUAUCUCUUCACUGUAUUGGAGUGCAUGAGGUGUGCCCUUGCCGGGAUGUAUGCCGAUGUUCCAUUUGUCUGUGAUGCGGCUUACAUUCAAAUUCCAUAUGAUUAAGGAAGCUUAUGUUUUUGGCCUUUGUAUUUUGUCCUUCAUUCUGGUAGGAUUUAGGCUGAGGCUCGGAGCUUGUCUAUUUAUGUAUGACUAAGGAGGAAGGAACGUUGGUCGUUGAUAGUGUCAAUGUUGCAUGCAAUAGAAACAUUAAUGAUGUGGAUUUUGGCUCUCUUUGAUGAACUGUUUAGUUGUGUCAAUCAUUCCUCCGUCCCGAAAUGAUUAUUUAUUUUAAAUGUACCAAACAAGACAUUCAUUUUGGCCGGAGAGGGAGUAAUAUAUUCGUCCAUUGUCCAAAUCCCAUAACGCGUUGAAGAAUUGAAUUAAUAACAGGAGUGACUAGUGAUGACUUGAAUAACUGACCUGGCAAGUUAACAAUCCAUUUUUCUUCCACCAUAUCGUCGUGCGAUCUACUUUCUCUAUUAGUACAAAAUUUCUUCAGGUAUCUCUUCCUGUUUUGGUUCAUCGAGGUCUAGUGUUGCGGUCAAUAUAGUUUACUUUGCACCCAGCUCUCUUUGUUAACUCUGUCUUAAAUUCUUAAUCUUAUGAAUUUGUUCGUGUGGCUUUUGAUGCAUGCUCAUCAACAUUGCUGUUUCCUUGAUUAGAUUUUUGUAAGUAUUUAUCUGGGAUUCUUCGAUGAUCAGACAGGGAGAGGGAUAUUUUGAGAUGGCUCAUGCUGCAGUCUUACAUCCAAACAACCUGUUGACCCACGAAUUUUUUACCUUUGCUCAUCGGAAUUCUUGAUGUAUAAACGAAAAAGGAUACACGCGCGUUUCCUUGCCAAUGGAAAUUUUUGUUCAGAGUACUUGGGAUUAUUGGAAGAAGUCGAAAAUGUUAAUUCCACCUGAUGAAUGCCACAAAGCCAGGAGGUUUUUCCUUGAUAGGUACUACCAAUUGCGGAACAAGUAGUGACUUGUUUUGUAUUUGCACCGCAAGAUGUAGAAGAAACCUGCAGGACUAAGGUUAACAGCCGAGAGUCAACUUCAUAAUAUCAUUUUUGCACCACAAGAUGUAGC